AGGGGAGAUGGGGAGAGAGAGAAGGAAGAGAAUCUUUACAACACUUGCAGCUUAUUGCAUCUCUGCAAAAGCAAUGCUUGUUAUGUCGGUUUCCUGGGAGAUAUUCAGGAACAGCCAUGUCAAAUCAUGCUCCAAAGGCAAAAACUCUCUCUCUCUCUCUCUCUCUCUCUCUCUCUCUCCUACCAUUCCAUUUUUAAUCUUUUCUGACAAAUCUCACCACUCAUGUAACACCAUUUUCCUGCUCCUGUUGUCAUUUUUUUACGUGAAAAACUAACAGUGUCCUAAUCUCACACUUUCUGAUGUGGAAUGUAAACCCACACAAAUCAACUAUACGGUUCCAAGCUGCACCCUACAUUAGACUGCCAGACAUUCUUCUACUUUCUCUCCCUUUUGCUACAAUGUUUUGUACUAUUAAUUUCUAGGUUUCUGUUUCCUUUGCUUCUUGUCUUGUAAUAAUUCUUUGCUCUCAUGGCUUCUUCUUCACUUUCUCUUUACCUUGUUGGGUUCCUUGCAAUUUUGGCUGGUGGGGUGAUGGGGUUGCAGGGGAAAACAGAGGAAACAGGGGAGAUGGUGAUGAUGGAGGAGGAGGAGCUUUUAGGCCUGUUUGACGUGAUGGGUUCACUAUUAGAUGAACCUGGUUGGGCCCAGGUGCAUCAAGAGCCAUGUACCAACACUCCAUGGCCUGGGGUUGGUUGUGAGGUUGGUGAGGAGGACCCUCCAAUCUUUCAUGUCACAUUGAUUCAUGUUGGUCCUGAUGUUGUUAACCCACCUUGCAAAUCCUCAGCAAAAUUAUCAGAUUCUUUGCUCAAAUUACCUUACCUUAAAACCCUUUCCAUUUUUAACUGUUUUGUUGCUUCUCCAGUUUCCCUUUCUCGUUCUCUGUUUGGUGCACUUUCUUCCUUGGAGCAUCUAUCACUUCAAUCCAAUCCAUCUCUUUUUGGUGAGAUUCCUCCAGGUUUAUCUAGCUUGAAAGACCUAAGGGUCCUCAGCCUUUCACAGAACAAUAUACAAGGCAAUAUACCUUCUGAGCUUGGUGGGUUGGUCAAAUUAGAACAACUUGACCUUAGCUACAAUAACUUGAGUGGUGAAAUUCCUGAAGAAAUUGGAGGGUUGGAGAGCUUGAGCAUUUUGGACCUAAGCUGGAAUGCCAUUGAAGGGGAGGUCCCAUCCUACCUGGGUCAGCUCCAACUUCUCCAAAAGGUUGAUCUCUGCUCAAACAGAAUCCAUGGAAAAAUAGCUCCAGAAUUGGGGAACCUGAACAGGUUGGUGUUGCUUGACUUGAGCCAUAACUUCAUCAAUGGUCCAAUCCCUGAGACUUUCUCUGGUUUGGAACAGUUACAGUACUUAAUUCUUGAUCAAAACCCCAUUAAUUCACAUAUACCCUUCUUUUUGGGCACCCUUAAGAAGCUUGUAUCAAUUAGCUUCUCAGGCUGUGGGUUGACAGGGACAAUUCCCAACUUGUCCUUGCUGAAGAAUCUCACUGCUCUGUCCCUAGACAACAACAAUCUCUCUGGUACAGUCCCUCCAAAUUUAGGGUCCCUUCCAAAUCUUGACCAUUUGAACUUGAGCAACAAUAAACUCAGAGGGGAGCUCGUUUUCCCAGACGAGUUCAUUUACAGGCUUGGGGAAAGGCUAGAUGUUAGAGGAAAUGAAGGCCUCUGCACAUGCAAUCAACAAUACAAGGAGAACAUCUCUGCAUAUCUACAAACCCCUGUUUGUUUGGGCACAGAAGGAAUUAGUGAAAACAGAACAUGCCCUAAACAACAACACCCUGAUGAUUCCAAGGGAAUCAGUCCAUUUCUGUAUCAUGGGAAGAUAAGUUCAGAUUCUCCAUUCCAAGAUUCACAACUCAUGUCAGCUAGUUUUGGUCUAUGUUUCCUGAGUUCUAUUGUAAGUAUUGUUUCUUCGUUUUGUUUUCAUUAUGUCUAAGAAAAACCCAAAUUAAGAAAACAAAAGAAAUGUAAAUACUUCGAUGUUGGGGCUAAGUACAAGAAUGAAAAGUCUUGAAUUUGGGGCUCGUGAUGUUUCAGUGGGGAUUGGUCGUUGUCUUCAUCAGUCUUUUAGAAAUUGAAGAAACAGAAGUGUCGGGG